ACUCAGAUUAAGCUACUUAUUCAGAUAUUCUUAAAAAACAAAAGGCUCAAGCUUUAUUCUCUUUAAUAAUAUGGGCAAUUAUAAGUAUAGUGAAACCAUCUUGAUUCCUAUAUUUAUUUUACUUCUAUCAUUGAACUACGUCCUGCCAUGCAACUUGACAACCAAUUUUUACGAUAAAACAUGCCCUAAAGCACUUGCAACCAUCAAACGUUCUGUUCAAGCUGCGGUGUCUACUAAUCCUCGGAAUGCAGCCUCGCUAGUCCGCCUUCAUUUUCACGAUUGUUUCGUUCAGGGUUGUGAUGCAUCUAUUCUGCUAGAAGGUAUGAAUAGCGAGAAGGCAUCACAAGCGAAUAAUGGUGUGUUGGGCUAUAAUCUUAUAGAUGAUGCAAAAGCUGCAGUCGAGAGUGUAUGUCCUGGAGUUGUUUCGUGUGCAGAUAUACUUGCGCUUGCAGCUCGAGAUGCUACCGUGGCGGUGUGGGGUCCGUCAUGGCCAGUAAGACUUGGAAGAAGAGAUUCUACAACUUUUAACGCAGAUGAAGCCGCCAGGGAUCUUCCAAGAGGGAAUUUUAAUUUAAAUCAACUCAUUGAUAACUUCCGUCGUAAGGGACUCAACGCAAGAGAAAUGGUCACAAUAAUUCUAUAAAGGCAAAGUCACAAUAACAAUCAUGUUAGGCUAUGUGUUAUGAUUUGCUCUCUUUUUACGCACUCUUUCAUGUGAUUUUUUUUAUUGUGACAUGGGGUGUGCCGGUGUGGUGAAAGUUUUAUAAUUUUGUAAACAAUUUGUCGUAGACUCUUCGGAGAAAGUUUUAUAAUUUUGUAAGAAACUAGUUGAUGCCCCGCCCGCGUUGUAUGGCGAUAGCCGAAUAAUUCUCAAUCAAUUAAAAAAGAUUACUAUAAUUUUGCUAGAAAAAAAAAAACA